GUUGAUAACCUUCGUUUUCUCUCGAAAAGUUUCUCGGUUUUAAGGAAGGUGGCGGCUGUCUUGUUUGUGGCGUUGGCCAUUUUAAGCCAUGGAUCCUGUCUCGGAACCUCAAUACAGGAUCGAUGGAUCGUGCUGGAGAUUUCUCCCGGUUAAUUCAGAUGGGUUUUGGAACUUAAAACCUGGGGAAAAUAUCAUCGCGCAAUAUCCCCUACUUCUUCUGCAAAUUCAGUUGGCCGUAAUCUUCAUCCUCACCAGCACCAUACACUUUUUUCUCAGGCGUUUCCAUUUUCCACGUCUCGUCUCUGAAUUUCUGGUAGGCCUGUUUCUUGGACAUUCUUUUCUGGAACGGUUUUAUCCUAAUAUUCCACGUACUUUGUUUCCGAUGUCGUCUUUCAAAGUUCUGGUUACCUUCACGAAGUUUGGGUAUUUGUUUUUUAUGUUUAUGAUCGGAGUGAAGAUGGAUGUUAAGCAGCUGAUGAAAUCAGGUAAAAGAGGAUGGACGAUAGGCUCUAUAACCUGUCUAUUCGCAUUUUGUGUGAACGUGCCCGUUGCUAAAUACAUCGGCGUUGAAAGGGACAAUGCCAGCAAUCUCCAAAUAACAUGGGUUUUUAUCAUUUCUGGCACGCUAAUGAUCACCUCAUUUCCUGUGGUGGCCUGCCUUCUGAUGCAUCUCAGGAUCAUCAACUCUGAGCUGGGACAUCUUGCUCUAUCAUCAGCCCUGGUCGCUGACCUGAUAAGUUUGGUCGUGAUAAAUUUGCAGGCUUGGUCACACCUAUUGGAAUUGUCAUCGUUACAUGUGACAUUGAAGUCUAUGUUUCUUUCUAUCACUCUUGUGGUCUUUAUCCUUGCUGUUUUGCGCCCAAUGAUGUUUUGGAUCAUCAGAAGAACACCUGAAGGGAAGCCUGUAAAGGAUUCUUACGUUUACGUUAUAUUCCUGGUGUUGUUGUUGGUAGCAAUAACUGGUGAGAAUGUGGGGUUGCAGUUUUUGUAUGGACCUUUUAUACUUGGGUUGGCAGUGCCAACAGGGCCUCCUUUAGCAUCAGCCCUGGUAGAGAAAUUAGAUGCCAUCAUCUCGGGCUUGAUGCUGCCACUCCUGUCUACCCUUUGUGGAUACAAAUCAAAUCUGUGGGAAUUAAAAAGUAGGCCACCUGCGUUUUUUGUUUAUAUAUCUACCUUUGGUUUCUUGGUCAAAGUGGCCGCAAGCUUUCUGUCUGCAAUUUGUUUCAAGAUGCCUCCUAAAGAUGCUGCUGCUCUUGCACUCAUAUUGACAGCCAAAGGCGCUGUUGAAUUAUCCAUAAUCUCCUUCAAUUCUGACAAGAUGGUAGCCCCUAGUGACCAGUACACCAUGGCAGCCUUAGUGGUCCUCUUAGUAGCGGCAGUUGUUCCAGUGCUAGUCAGAAAGCUUCACGAUCCUUCGAACACAUACGCUGGCUACCAAAAAAGAACCAUUUUGAACUCUUGUAUUAGUGAUGGUCUUCGAGUACUUGCUUGUGCACAAAGACAAGAUGAUGCCUUGGCAGCUAUCAAACUGCUAGAAAUUUCCAAUCCCUCUAAAGAAAGUCCAAUCUCUGUCUGUGGGCUAUACUUGGAAGAGCUCAAAGGUGGAUCCACUCCUCUCCUCCUCAAUCACCAACUGGGCCAGAAGAGUUCUUGUUCUGAUGGAUCUCGUUGGCAGCCCAUCAUUGACGUUUUUAAUUACUUCAAGUUACAGCAUAAGAAGCUAGUAAACGUGCAAGUCUUUACAGCAAUAUCGCCUGCCAAACUGAUGCAUGAAGACAUUUGCUGGGUAGCCUUUGCUAAUUCAGUAGUCUUGAUAAUACUUCCAUUUCAUAAGAAAUGGAAUAUCAAGGGAAUGAUGAUUGCGGAUAGCAAAGACUUGAGGACUCUGAACAGCAAUGUUCUGAAGAAGGCCCCUUGUUCUGUGGGCAUUCUAAUUGAUCGUAGCAGAGCACGAUAUUCAUCUAUUUUAGCAUCGUCAUUAAGUUAUCAGGUAGCCGUGAUCUACAUAGGAGGUGAUGAUGACAGAGAGGCGUUAGCUCUUGCUCGUAGGAUGAUAGGACGUGCUGCUGUUCACAUAACAAUUUUCAGAUUAAUUUCAUUGAAUGAUGAUAACAAAAAGGAGUGGGAGAAUAUCUUGGAUCUUGAAGCAUUGCGAGAAUUUAAGUAUGAGGCCUCCAAAAAUGAAAAUAUAACGUAUGAGGAUGUGAAUGUUGAAGAUGGUGCCUACACAACUUCAUUUAUUGGGUCAAUACUGGAAAACGACAACUUUGAUCUAAUCUUGGUGGGUAGACGCCAUGAAUCUAGCUCACGAAUUACAGCAGGUCUAUCUGAAUGGAGUGAGUUGCCAGAGCUGGGGCCAAUUGGGGACCUUCUAGUUUCUUCAGAUAUAAGUAGUACAGUUUCAGUCUUAGUGGUGCAACAGCAAAUCAUUAAGGGGUGAGUACAAUACUCAAGAAAAUAAGAACCUUCAUUCUUGAGCUCACACGUCAUUGCUUAAAAUGGCCCUAGUGAUUAUGGCUUUCCACGGAUGUGUAUAUCAAAUUUCAUUGUUUGAUACUCUUUCUACAAAGCCAAUCAAGGAGAAAAUGCAUGCAAUUAGAGGUUGAAAUUCCAAGAAGGAAAAAUGGAAAAAAGUAGAAGAAAAUAGGGACUCAUUGCGACAAUGGCAUCUUGAUGAAGAGAUUGCAUAAUGGUAAAGGGGAUUUUUCAUCAGAUGCCCAUUUUCUACCAGCCAAUUGCAUUCUUCCCAAAUUUUAUGUACACAUCCUUACUACAAAAUUGUAAUUGUAUCUUGAAGUAGGAAUACAAGCAUCUUUUUAGA